AUGCCGUCCCCGGCUCGGGCGUUCGUCUUACGAUUCCUGUACGACGACGAUUUGGAGAGGUGCCGAGCGGCGCUCGCGUCGCCAUCCGCCGACGCCGCCGACCCCUCGCGAGCGACGGUUCCAAAACCACCGAAGCGCGCCAGGCCCGACGGGUCCCGCAAACAAAACCCCGACGCCCCAACCGCCUUCAACACGAACGCGUUCGACGCCAAGACGGACAGCGCGAGCGCCGUCGAGUACUUUCGCUACUACGGGUUGAUUCCCCAGCAGCAGAACAUGCUCCAAGACGCGGUGCGCACGGGGACGUACUUCACCGCGAUACUCGAAAACGCGUGCGAUUUUAAGGAUAAGGUUGUCAUGGACGUCGGUGCCGGGUCGGGGAUACUGUCGUUCUUCGCGGCUAUGGCCGGGGCGAGGCGGGUGUACGCGGUGGAGGCGAGCGCGAUGUCGGAGCACUGCGCUAAGCUCUUGGAGGGUAACCCUCGACUGCGCGACGUCAUCGUGAUCGUCAACGGGAAGGUCGAGGAGGUUGAGAUACCGGAGAAGGUGGACGUGAUGGUGUCGGAGCCGAUGGGCACGCUGCUGUACAACGAGCGGAUGAUCGAGAGCUACCUGCUGGCGAGGGACAGGUUCAUGCGAAGGGAGGAGUCAUGCGGCGAGGGCGGGUCGUCUGAUUUCGGUUCCGGCGGGGCUGGUCUGUCGCUGCGUGGUAAGAUGUUCCCCGGGGGCGGGCGCGUGCACUGCGCGCCGUUCGCGGACGAGACGCUGUGGAAUGAGAUUAAGGAUAAGGCGCACUUCUGGGGCACCGAGGAUUUCUACGGCGUCGACCUGACGCCGCUGCGGGAGGAGGCUGUUCGGUCCUAUUUCCGGCAGUGCGUCGUGGACGCGUUUGAAACGGAGCUGCUGUUGAGUCAGCCGGUGUCGUUCGCGUGGGACUGGACCACGCUUCGGGCGGACGAGCUGGAGUCGCUGGACAUGCACCUGGAGUUUAAGGUGCAACGCGCCGGUCCCGUGCACGGCGUCGCGUGUUGGUUCGACGUGCUGUUCGAGGGAACGGCAAAAUCUCGUUGGCUCACCACCGCGCCCGGCUUGCCCACCACGCACUGGUACCAGAUGCGUCUCGUGUUCGAACGACCGAUGCGGUGCGAGGCUGGUGAGACGGUGAAGGGGCGGAUGAAGAUGACCGCGCUGGAUAACCAGAGCUACGCGGUGACGGUCGAGCUCAAGGGUAAGGGCGGGAAGGCGGUCAGCGGCGAGUGGGAUUUGAAAGACCCGUACUACCGGCAGACCAUCUACCCCCAGCCGGGGUACACCAAGGAGCAGCUCGCGAGGUUCUACGGCGAACCGCCGGCGUGA